CCCGCUCUGGGCCACACCAAGUCACCUUCUCGACUCAACCACCACCAUUGUCGACAACACACCCAAUUUCUUUCCGGGCAGGUUCUUCGUCACACACGGCCAACAUGUCGGACGCUCAGACGAAGAAGUUUGGAAAGGGCGAUCGGACGAUCCCACACCCUAGCCAGAAGGCUCAGAAGUGGUACCCUGUGGAUGACGAGCCGCAACCCAAGAAAGUCCGCAAGUCCAUCCGCCCUACCAAGAUCCGCGAAAGCCUCCAGCCUGGUACCAUCCUGAUCCUUCUAGCUGGCCGUUUCCGCGGUAAGCGGGUUGUGCUCCUCAAGCACUUGUCCCAGGGUGUUCUCCUGGUUACCGGUCCUUUCAAGAUCAACGGCGUCCCACUCCGACGGGUUAACGCUCGCUACGUGAUCGCCACUAGCGGCAAGGUCGACCUCAAGGGCGUUGACGCCGCUACCAUCGAAAAGGUUUCUGCUUCCGACUACUUCACCAAGGAGAAGUCCAAGGAGAAGAAGACUGAAGAGGCUUUCUUCAAGCAAGGAGAGAAGCCAGAGAAGAAGAAGAUCACCAGUGCUCGCGCUGCCGACCAGAAGGCUGUUGACCAGGCUCUUCUGGCCAACAUCAAGAAGGAACACCUCCUCGCCAGCUACCUCGCCACUAGCUUCAGCCUCCGAAACGGCGACAAGCCUCAUGAGAUGAAGUGGUAGAUAAUGACGGUUGCAUUCGGGGUAUUGUUUUAAUGGCGUGCAAAAAAAAACAAAUGAAAAAAGACCUCUUAUCAAAACAUGAGAAAGGGAAUUC